CUUCUCAACCCGGAUCUAAAACCUGGGACACGGCUAUCAGGCCAGCCUCUCUCUCCCUCCACCCCUCCCCCUCUUUCUGGCGUCCAUCCCCUCCCCAACACCACCUCUGCUGCUGCCUCUGGCUGUGGACCUGCACCUCUUCUCCAUCCUCGCCAGGCCCGGAGAGUGAGGUUAGCCUGGAUGAGAGUGUGCCCCUAACCUGGGGCCCUCCCAGGCCAUGGCUCGUGUGCUCCCAGGGAGGAGUCCAGGACCCUGAGCAUCUGCUAGAAGCUUGGCAGAGGCCCCCGCUGGGACCGUGUCUUCUGAGGACAAAAGGCUGCGGCCAGCAGGCAGACUGGGUGGGGGGUGCGGGGGAACCGGCAGCCAGGCAGGCAGACCAGUAGGGAAGCCAGCGCUGGCCCCCUCCCAGACUGGCGGUAGCAUGAAGAUGGGGGUGGGAGUGUGUAGCGGGAGAAGCACCUGCCAGGACCCCCACCUGCCCGCUACUUGGGCACCCCAAAGCUGUGUGCUGCCCACCUGGUGUUCCCCAACAUCUCCAGCUCUACCAAGUGCACCCCUCUGGCACCUGCUUCCCCUGCUGCCAGCGAUUUAGACCAACCAGGCUGUAUCCACGGCAACAGAAGCAGGAGUGUCACUGGCUGCCAGAUCACUGAGGGUCCCACAAUGUGGCCUGGACUGUGGUGUAUCCUGGUUGAGAUCGAGUGAGCCCCGUUCCUGAAUUCCAAGACAGUCCUGCUAAGAGAACCCAGGUGUAGCUCAGCAAGACAACCGAUGGAGUCCCCCGGGGCCCAUCAAAUAUUGGACUGGCCGACCCCUUAGGGUUGGGGGUAGCCCUUGCCCCUCAGCAUGGCCAACACCACCGGAGAGCCUGAGGAGGUGAGCGGCGCACUGUCCCUGCCAUCCGCAUCGGCUUAUGUGAAGCUGGUGCUGCUGGGACUGAUCAUGUGUGUAAGCCUGGCAGGCAAUGCCAUCUUGUCCCUGCUGGUGCUCAAGGAGCGUGCCCUGCACAAGGCUCCUUACUACUUUCUGCUGGACCUGUGCCUAGCUGAUGGCAUACGCUCUGCCAUCUGCUUCCCCUUUGUACUGGCUUCUGUGCGCCAUGGCUCCUCAUGGACCUUCAGUGCACUCAGCUGUAAGAUUGUGGCCUUUAUGGCUGUGCUCUUUUGCUUCCAUGCGGCCUUCAUGCUGUUCUGCAUCAGCGUCACCCGCUACAUGGCCAUCGCCCACCACCGCUUCUAUGCCAAGCGCAUGACACUCUGGACAUGCGCAGCUGUCAUCUGCAUGGCCUGGACCUUGUCUGUGGCCAUGGCUUUCCCACCUGUCUUUGAUGUGGGCACCUACAAGUUUAUCCGAGAGGAAGACCAGUGCAUCUUUGAGCAUCGCUACUUCAAAGCAAAUGACACACUGGGCUUUAUGCUUAUGUUGGCUGUGCUCAUGGCAGCCACACAUGCUGUCUAUGGCAAGCUGCUACUCUUCGAGUAUCGUCACCGCAAGAUGAAGCCAGUGCAGAUGGUGCCAGCCAUCAGCCAAAACUGGACAUUCCAUGGCCCUGGGGCUACCGGCCAGGCUGCUGCCAACUGGAUCGCUGGCUUUGGCCGUGGGCCCAUGCCACCAACUCUGCUGGGUAUCCGGCAGAAUGGGCAUGCAGCUAGCCGGCGGCUACUGGGCAUGGACGAGGUCAAGGGUGAAAAGCAGCUGGGCCGAAUGUUCUACGCGAUUACACUGCUCUUCCUGCUCCUCUGGUCACCAUACAUCGUGGCCUGCUACUGGCGAGUGUUUGUGAAAGCCUGCGCUGUGCCCCACCGCUACCUGGCCACUGCUGUUUGGAUGAGCUUCGCCCAGGCUGCCGUCAACCCAAUCGUCUGCUUCCUGCUUAACAAGGACCUCAAGAAGUGCCUGAGGACUCAUGCCCCUUGCUGGGGCACAGGAGGUGCCCCAGCUCCCAGGGAACCCUACUGUGUCAUGUGAAGCAAGCCAGUAGGUGAUAGGCAGGGGGAAAGUCAUGAUCACCAUACUAGGGCCAACAGCAGGGGAAGAAUGGGACCCAUACAAAAGCCUUCCUUUUUGAGCUUCAGCCCAGGCUCUCAAACCACCCCUAACUGAGGCAUUUUGCCAACACCUCCUUAGGGCUGGAAACUGGCUGAGGGACUGGAGGCAUUUCUAGUUUGGUGGGACUUGUCCCGCAGCCUCCUCCACUUCUCCAAUCUCAUUUUCCCGUGCCCUCCCUGCCUCCCUACCCCUCUUCCCUCUCCUAUCUUUCUAAAGUGACGAGUCAGUAAAAGAAAACGAACUGAAACUGCAGGGUCUUUAAUAAUAACAGCUGAGGAAACAGGCUUUCUUGCUUAAAUGUACCCCUCUUUGACAUUGUCAAGAAAUGGGAAAUUUCUCCUGUAAAAUAGAUUUCCAGAGAUCUUACUGCCCCCUGGGCUCCCAUUCACCCUCCCCUUCUAAGCCCCUUAGCAAGACCUGGAUGUUUAGGAAAUAUUGACUUAAGGCUUCACACAAGAGGGACCAAAUGGGGUGCUGCCCUCCUGGGGAGCAAGGAUGUUUAAAUUGCUAUGUUGUGUGCAAUGUUGUUUUUGGCUAACCUUGAUCCCAAGCCUAGUCUCCUAUCCCUCCCUACCGUAUCCGGACUUUGCAGGUAUUUCUUGAGGCUCUGUUUGAGAAGCCAAGAGCAUACAGAGAAGGGUCUCCAUGAUGUGCCCAGGCUAGAUGAAGAGCUGAAUAGUAGAUGAGCUCCUCAAGCAAAAUAUACUAAACUUAGCUACAUUCUCUCAAACUUUCUCUUGGAUCCCCUAUCCUUUCUUCCUAGAAAUAUACACCCACUUGUCCCCACCAGGGAUGAUGUGGGUAUAUGCUGACAGGGGAAGUUAUCCGUGGAAGUAUAGGAAGAUGAUUGAACUUCUGAGUGGCCGGACUCCAGAGCCUGGGGUGAGAGCUAAUUCACCCCCACAGUUGUUUCUUGGGUUCACACUACUCUUCUGAAAAUGAAAAUUCUUUGGGGGCCUUGGUAACCAAUAGUGCUACAAACUUCAAAGCCCCGUGGAAUUGAGUCCACUCCUUCCUGUGACCUCCUUUUGUCCCUUUCAGGACUCGCAGGCCUUGAGUCCCUCCUUAGUUGCCCUUCUGGGUCCCAAAUAUCCUUCCUCGCAGUUCUUCCUACCUCCACCCUUACUUACAUGCAAAGUGGAGCAGACUACACCCGAAUUCCACAGGUGGAAGGUCCCAAGCCUCUUUUCCACAGACAGAGACCACUCUGGGCUUACUUCAAGGUCGGUUCUAUAGACUGGUGAGCCAAGCUGGAACGCUUUGCCUAAGUUUGGGACUGUGAUCUCUCCAUCCCCUUUCUUUCCUUAUAAACUCCUGUCCUAAACUCCACCUCUACCCCAAGAUAGCCCCUGAACUGAGGAAGCCUUGACCCAAAAGCAAUGAAGGGGGUGCUCUAGACAGAAGAGAUCUUGAUGAUCCUGGUUGUGGAGUGGACCUGGCAAAGCAGACCAGAGUAGCUGAGAGGCUGGGAAUGGGGGGGGGGCUAUUCUCUCAGUGAUGAUGAUAGGAAUGCCUUUCUGAAGGCAGGAGUGGAAAGACCAAGGUGGGAGGGCAAAUAGGGUAGACUCAGGAGGGGUUUCCUCCAUUCCCUUUUUCUAACUGCCUGGAUUCAUCAUUGGAUUUUGUAAAUGGAAAAACUGAAAUGAACAAUGUUAUAUUGGGUGUUCUCUCUCUCUCUCUCUCUCUCUCUCUCUCUCUCUCUCUCUCUCUCUCUCUCUCUCUCUCUCGUGUUUGUCUCUGUUUGUGUGUCCUAUCUGUGUAUGAUCACAUGUGGGGAGGUAUGACUGAGUGAGACAGUGUGUGUCUGUGUGACUUUGUGUGGAUAGGAAACCCUGAGGAAAGCUUGCCUGGUACACAUAUGUAAGCAAAUACCUAUAUGUGAGGGAAUAGAGUACGUACACACACACACACACACACACACACACACACACACACACACACACACGGGGAGAGGAGACACACGAAGGAGGAGAGGAGACAAAACUUAGUAUGUGCCUGCAGCAGGAAACAGAGUGCUUAGGAGAUGGAACCUGAAAUUUUUUAUGUAUGUAUGUGUCAAGAGGGUCAACUCCCAUCUCAUGAGAUUGUCUUCCCUUGGCCCAGCUUCUGAGCACCAGAUGAGGAGAGGAUAGUUUAGAACCCCAUCUCUUCCAAAUGUCUGGAGAUUCAGUGCCUACCCUAAAAUUCAAAUAAGGUAUCUCUGAAAUUGGACCACCAUGGAAAUAGGAACUGGGAGUGGGGGGAUCAAACAUGGAGGUAAUGGGGUUAAGAAAUGGCCCCCUGCUAAUGGCUUUCAGAGGAACUGCUCAGUUUGAAUUGGGAAUUCUUAAGGUUCCACUGUAUACAGCUGGGACUUUGCUCAGUUUUGACUAAAUUCAGAAGGAAGGAUGACAUGGAGAAAAACCCCAAAUCUGGGGGUCUACCCAGCUGGCCUACUCACUAGGCGCUCAAUUAAUUUACUAUUUAUUUAUUUAUUUAUUUAUUUAUUCCUUCAGGUGCACAGAAUUGAGCUAACCGUAUUCCUCAGUUCUUGGCACACUAUAUCAUCAUUGGUCCAUGCAAGGUCCUUUUAUUAUUUUGUUUUGUGCCCUUCAUCACCCAUCCCUGAUCCCAUCCUUCCCCAACCCACAUAGGCACCACUCUUCUGUACUUAAUGUGUGUCCUUCUAAACCACCGUUCAUGUGUUUAUUUACUUAUGUGUAUCUGUGGAAAAUAUAUGGUAUUGAUGUUUUGAUUUACAUAAACAGUAUUGUACUAUAAAUCUUGUUCUGUUUCUUUUUUCACUCAACAUUCUGUUUUUUGAGAGAU